GGAGCAAAGUUGUUUUACUUGUCCGGUAUGGUAAAUGGAGAAUACCAGAAGACUGAGGUUCACAAUCUUUGUAGGUUUAUAUCUGUGAUGAAAUUCCGACCUUUGACCUGGAGAACAACUCAUCCAUAUAUUCUGGCUGACAGAAUGGAAGAUAUAUCUGAUCCUGAAACAGUACGUAAGUUUAGUAAAACAGAUCGCAACAUAUCUCUGUACGGGUACUUGCACGGCACACACAUGAAGAACAACGUCAACGUUCACAUUCCCGGCUGUGGAGAUUUCUCUAUACAUGAUUUACAAUUCUUGUCUGAUCCAUGUCCGACACCAGAGAAACAGAAGAAACGAUCUCUAAGUCAGAAGGAUAGACUGAUUUAUGCACCAAUGUCUGGUGUUGGUGGUAUCGUGUAUGAUAAGGAUGCUGUUUAUAUUGACCUUGGUGGAAGUCAUUCGCAUACAGAUGCUCAGAGGGAUGAAGAUGCUCCUCAACCAAUGAAUGAGCUUGUUUCAUCAAUGAUGUCUCUUAACAACCCAUUGGAUAAGAAAAUGACAACAUCAGAGGUUUCACUGUUUUCUGGUGGAAUCAAAAGCUCAGAAAUGAUCAUUGAUGAUGAUAAAGAUGAUGAUGAUGAUGAUUAUAGUGGUGGAAGGCAGUUUGAAACUGUUGAGACUGAUGGCAGAGUCAGGAGAAGAGCUGUGUUUGAUACAAAUGUAGACAAGAUGAAAUCUAAUGAUGAUGAUGAUGAAUUUGAAGAUGAUGAUGACAGUGAUGAUGAAAAAUAUGAUGAUGAUUGGUGGAAGGCAGUUUUGAAACUGUUGAGACUGAUGGCAGAGUCAGGAGAAGAGCUGUGUUUGAUACCAAAUGUAGACAAGAUGAAAUCUAAUGAUGAUGAUGAUGAAUUUGAAGAUGAUGAUGACAGUGAUGAUGAAAAAUAUGAUGAUGAUGAUGAUGGUGGAGAUGAUAAUGUAGAUGAAGAUAAUGAUGAUAUCAGUGAUGAUGAUGACGAAGAUGAGGAUGAUGAUGAAGAUUCUGAAGAAGAGAGUGAUGCUAGUAAAGUGAUGAAGAAACAGAUUAGAAAGAGCAAUAUCUCUGGGGAACCAAGUCUUGCCUUUGAUGACUCUGAUUCAGAUGAAGGUGAAGAGGAUGAUCAAACUGUAAAAAAGUUGAAAAAAUCAGAUAAUUCUGAUGAUGAAGAUGAUGAUGAUGACGGUGAUGAUGAUGAUGAUGACAGUUGUAAUAAGUGUGAAAAAAAUCAGAGUGUAAAUAGAAAUAAUAAAAAUGGCAGCUCUCUAUUGGUUAAUAGUGAACUGAAAAGUGUUAAGAAAAGAAAAUUGAGUAAUAUAACAAAUUCCAGAAGAAUUGCUAGUAUGGAGGCAGUGCAGAAUAUAGAUGAUAAUUUGACUAGUAAAACUGGUAAUGAUAACUUGACUAGUAAAAAUAAACAGGAAGCAAAUACAAUUGACUCUGACAGUUCAGAUGAAGGUGACUCUAGUGACAGUGAUAUUAUAUCUUUUAAACCUACAAAAGAAAAAUCAAGUCCUCUAAAAGCAACAGAAGUUAAACCAAGCAAAACUGAAGAAGUUGAUAAACAGAAAGAUACAUCUGAUAAUGUAAAAAGUGGGAAAUCAUUAUCACAGAAACUGCUGACAUUGUCCGAGACAGAUUACUUUAUGUUGAAUGCUAAGAAGAAGUCAGAGGAUUCACUGGAGGAAAAGGAACCUGAGAAAACUGUAGAUAAUGAUGUCAGUGAUGGAGAUGAAGUGAGUGAGGAUGAAGAAGAUGGAUCAGAGAUGGACGAUGAAGAUGAGGAGGAAGAGGGAUCAUUUCGCUGGAAGCAUGAUUUAGCAUCCCAGGCAGCAGCAAACUUCAGACAAAGACAAGCUGGUAGAAUUAACUACAGAAAACUUAUAUAUGGCAAAGAUGAGGAGGAAGCUGUUGGUGAUGACGGGGGUGAUGAUGAGGAUGAGAUUGGAGGGCUGUUUAAGGUGUUGAAACAGAAGAGUGAGGCACAGGCUGUCGACAGGAUAGCUGUUAACAGUACAGAUUGUUCUAAAUGCUUGAAAAAUACACUAAUACAGUUAGAAGUGGAUAAGAUACAGGAAUUGAUAGCAGACUGUUUUGUUACUGGUAAAUGGGAUGAAAAUAAAGAUGCUGAGGCGUUGUUGCAAAAAGAUGAUGAGUUGUACGGGGACUUUGAAGAUCUUGAGACGGGUGAAAUGCACAAAGGAAAGAAAGAAGACAAUGAUGAUGAUGAUAAUGAUGAUAGUCCUGAUGAUGAUGAUGAUGAUGAUGAUAUUGGUUCUGAUGGGGAAAAAAAGAAACAACCAGAAGAGUUAAAAAAGAAAAAGGCAGACAUGACGGCGGAGGAGAGACGUGUGGAGAAGAAGCGUAAACUGAAGGAAAUGUUUGACACCCAGUAUGAUAUGAAGGGAGAUACAGAGUUCUAUGAUAAUUGGAAAGAAGAGCUCGAUCAACAGGCCAAAAUGAAUCGUGCAGUGUUUGAGGACAUGGAUGAUGAGUUGAGGGUUCAGUAUGAAGGCUUCAGACCAGGCAUGUAUGUGAGGGUAGAGAUCCACGGGGUGCCAAGUGAGUUUGUCACCAACUUUGAUCCAACAUAUCCUGUCAUUCUUGGAGGAUUGCUAAGUGUAGAAAACAAUGUUGGAUAUGUACAGGCAAGACUGAAAAAGCACAGAUGGCAUAAGAAAAUAUUAAAGACGAAAAACCCUUUAAUUAUCUCGCUUGGUUGGAGGAGAUUUCAGUCUAUACCACUAUAUUCUAUACAAGAUCAUAAUAUGAGAAAUAGAUUACUGAAAUACACACCUGAACAUCUACACUGUAAUGCUUCCUUCUGGGGUCCUAUUACCCCUCAGGGUACUGGUUUGUUAGCUGUAGAAAGUGUUGCAAAUGUUACAGCUGAUUUCCGUAUAGCUGCAACAGGUGUAGUUCUAGAGCUUGACAAGUCACAGCAAGUUGUUAAAAAAUUGAAAUUAACAGGAACACCUCAAAAGAUAUACAACAAAACAGCUUUUAUCCAGGGUAUGUUCAAUUCUGCACUUGAAGUUGCUAAGUUUGAGGGAGCAAGUGUUCGUACUGUCAGUGGGGUCAGAGGUCAGAUCAAGAAAGCUGCAAAAACACCUGAAGGGGCAUUUAGAGCUACGUUUGAAGAUAAAAUUUUGCUAAGUGAUAUUGUGUUUAUACGAACCUGGUACCCAGUAGAUGUGCCACAAUUUUAUAAUCCAGUAACCAGCCUGUUGUUACCAAAGAAUGAAAAACAGGGCUGGACUGGAUUGAAGACACUGGGACAAUUGCAUAGGGAGAAAAAUAUGAAACCUACAUUUUCUGAUGAUUCUGUUUAUAAGAAAAUUGAAAGGAAAGGAAAAGGUUACACACCAUUAUCUGUACCAAAAGCUCUCCAGAAAAUCUUGCCGUUCAAGGAUACGCCAAAGUCAUUACUGGCAAAGAAGGAUCCUGUUCAGCGUGUAGCCAUUCUGAGAGAACCUCAUGAGGCCAAGAUUGCUAAAAUGAUGUCUAUGUUGAAAUCUGUGCACGAGCAUAAGAAGCGAACUGAGCGUGUAAAAAUGCGUGAGAGAGUGACCAAACAUCAUAAACAAGUGCAGAAGAUGGACUUAGUAAAACAGAAGAAGAACAGGGAGGCAAAAAAAGAAGUAUUUAGAGUGCUUGGAAAAAUGGAAAACAGGAAAAAUAGAAAUAAACGGGAUUAACAACAAGGUGUUGAACUUGUAAUUUCGAACGUUUAGUAAAUGUUGAUGGGAUAUAAUUAAUAUGUUAGUGAUUUCAGAUGUUUAUAUCAAGAUCGCUAAUUACAUGUACUGUUGGGAAUUAUUGUUAUUAAUAUUGGAAAUGUUGGCUGAUAAUUUUAGCAAAUUCAAGAUAUGAUGAUACUAUUAUAUUAUUACAUGUACGAUACUAUUUUGUUGAAAUUGGUAAAUAAAUACAGAAUACAUAAU